AUGUAUUAUAAAUCACAUCUUUUUGAUAAAAUAAAUGCUAACUCGCUUAUUCUGGCCAGUUUGCUUCUACUUUCAACUUUAGUCAUGGUGUCGGAGAGUCGGGUGGCAAGAAAGGACCUGGGGUUAGAUUUGGGUGGGAUAGGUAUAGGUGCUGGAAUUGGGAUUGGAUUGGGAGGAGGGGGUUCAGGGUCUGGUGCAGGUGCAGGCUCUGGGUCUAGCUCUUCCUCCAGCUCCUCUAGCUCUAGUUCUAGCUCGAGUUCAGGAUCCCGAGGAGGAGGUGGAGCAGGAUCAGAAGCUGGCUCAUCUGCCGGUUCUCAUGCUGGAUCUGGUUCAGGAGGUCGGGGAAAAGGUGGUGGCGGUGGUGGUGGCGGAGGUGGUGGCGGUGGUGGUGGUGGACGUGGAGGAGGGUCAGGUGAGGGUUCUGGGGAGGGAAGUGGACAUGGGUCUGGACAUGGAGGUGGUGGAGAUCGCAAAUAAUUGGUGUCUUUUUUUAGAAGGUUUAUGAAUAAGGUAUGCAUGCAUGCGUGCAUGUUAAAUGGUUAAUUAUGUAAUUUGUGGCUUUUAGGCUAUGUAUGGUUAUUAGCUAGUCUCAUGUUGGGGUGAUUUAGUGCAACACAAAAGUGUGGGUUUAAUGGUACUCUCAUUGUAAUAUUCACUCUCUUUGUUCAUGCUAUAACCUACUAUUUCUUAUGGACUUA